UCACCUAUUCUUCACUAUCACACUCCAAAAAAAUUAAUCAUAAUCACUUCUCUCUCUCUCUCUCUAAACCUUUUCUACUUUCAUUUGGGUAACGCUAACCAACUCUUGAAUAUUCUGUCUGUUUCAUAAUCUUAUGGCUAUGGAAGCGCUUAACUCUCCCACCACCGCUACUCCUUUCACUCCUUUCGAGGAACCAAAUCACAGUUACAUCGAUGCUGCACCUUGGACUAAAGGUAAACGUUCUAAACGUUCUCGUAUGGAUCAAUCUUCUUGUACUGAAGAAGAGUAUCUCGCUCUCUGUCUCAUCAUGCUCGCUCGCAGCGGAAACAACAACAACAACAACAAGAUUAUUACUCUUCCCACCGCCGUCAAACCUGCUCUAUCUGACACCGAAUCAGCACCCGCUAAACUCAGUCACAAAUGCUCUGUUUGCAACAAAGCUUUUUCAUCUUAUCAAGCACUUGGUGGACACAAAGCCAGUCAUCGGAAAAGUGCUGUUAUGUCAACUGGUGAAGAUCAUCAGACUACAACAACCUCAUCCGCUGUGACUACAAGCUCUGCUGCAUCCAACGGUAAGAUCAAGUCUCAUGAAUGUUCCAUUUGUCAUAAAUCCUUUCCUACUGGACAAGCUUUGGGAGGACACAAGCGUUGUCACUAUGAAGGUGGUGCCGGUGCCGGUGGUGGAAACAGCACCGUAACUGCUUCUGAAGUUGGAUCUUCUCACAGUCAACACCGUGAUUUUGAUCUUAACCUCCCGGCUUUUCCGGACUUUUCAAAGAAGUUUUUCGUGGAUGAUGAGGUUUCCAGUCCUCAUCCUGCAGCUAAGAAGCCAUGUCUUUUCAAGAUUGAAAUUCCUCAAUAUUGAUCAUUGUGAUUUUGUGAUCAAUAUAGAUCUAUCUAAGUUUAUUAUUAUCAUAGUUAUUUUAAUUUAUUUUUCGAUUAUUUGGGAUCAAUUUGUUCUGUAUAUACAAAUUGGGAUUGGUUUUAGAAUUUAGAAGAUUGUGUACUUAGACAAUUCAAUUCAAUUCAAAUUCAAUUGAUUAAUUAUUUUUAUUUAAUUUAUGGAAAUUUAUCGAUUUUUA